ACGUUCAGUCGGAAGCCUUCUUCUGUUCGGCAAAGGUGAAUAACCGUCGUCUGAUGAUGCGUUCAUGAUACAUCGUGAUGACCACAAAAACCGACGUCGAGGAAGACUACAUGUUCCCGUUUUAAGAUAAAAGAGCGCAAAUUGGUCUUCGUUUGUAGAGACAACUUCGUUUACCGCAACCGGUAGGGCUUGCGAAAGGUGAACCGAUUCCAAACUGUCACUUUGUGAUACACAGCUGUCAUCCGUGAGUGGGCUGCUGUUGUCAGUGGCUGUGCGUGGCCAACAGCAGGGCAAGUUUGCAGUAGCACCGCCUUUUGGGUUUCGUAUAUCCUCAUCGAUUUUCAUCCGUUCCAUCGGGAAUAGAAAACAGCAAAAAUGGCGCUACCGCUCCACAACGACAUGCUGCUGUACACCACGCAGAACAGCUUCCUGAUCGAACCGAGAGGCAUGAAGGAACAUCUGAUUAUCGAUCGAAUCACCGGCAAAGUUACACUGAACGCCUCGGAAGGCGUGUCACAUCUGCCGAUCGAAGGAAACGACACACGCCCGAUAUGCGGCAUCCUGGGGCUAAUUACGUGCGUUAGCGGUCUGUACCUGGUGGCGGUGAAGCACAGGGUACCGAUUGGGUGGCUGGAGAACCAGGAAAUCUAUCGGCUGGCGGGUGUCUACGUGAUACCGUUGCGUGAACGGAGCUUCCAGCAGGAGGUGGAUGACAGGCUGUGUACCCGGGCGGUAGAGAACGUCCUCGGUACGCCGUUCUUCUACUUCUCGUACAGCUAUGAUAUAACACAGUCGAUGCAGCGAUGCCGGGAGCUUCGCGGCACGACUAGCUUGUACGAGCGAGCCGAUACACGUUUCGUCUGGAACCACGCACUGCUGGAGGAAUGGUAUCGACCGGAGUUUCAGCGCUACUGUUUACCGCUAAUGCACGGCUUCAUGUGUAUCAACGGUGCUACAAUUAACGGGAAUAAUAUUGGAUGGGCGCUGAUUUCCAGGCGAUCGCGUGAACGCGCUGGUACCCGGUUGUUUACACGCGGCAUCAAUUUCAACGGCCAGGUGGCCAACUAUGUAGAAACGGAACAAAUCAUUGCGUGCGGCUCGGACCGGAUAUCGUUCGUGCAGACCCGUGGAAGCAUACCAUUGUUCUGGCAGCAGACGCCGAACUUGGCGUACAAACCGGCACCGCAGCUUCUGCCGGACGGCGACCAUUUGAUUGCCUGCUCGAAGCACUUUUACGACCAGUGCAACCGAUACGGCCGGCAGGUUCUGAUCAAUCUAGUUGACCAGCGCGGGGCGGAAGGUGUAUUAGCGAAGGCGUAUGAGGACACGAUUACGGCGCUCGCUAAUCCGGCCCUCCGAUACGAGGCGUUCGACUUCCAUCGUGAGUGCCGCAAGCUGCGCUACGAUCGAGUGAGCUUAUUGAUGGACCGUAUUGCGACCGCACAGGAUGAGUUCGGUGUGUUCCACUGCACCGUGUACGAGGCAGGGACACCAGCGAUGGUGCACUCGCUGCAGCGCGGUGUCUUUCGCACGAAUUGUAUCGAUUGUCUUGACCGGACGAACGUGGUGCAGAGUGAGCUCGCCAAACGUAGCCUCGAGCAGACGCUCAUCAAGUUGCACGUGCUGGAUCGCGGUACAAAGCACAUCGAGCCGAAUUCUAGCUUUGACAUCGUCUUUAAAGCGGUAUGGGCCGACAACGCCGAUCUAGUAUCGCUUCAAUAUUCCGGCACACGGGCCUUGAAGACGGAUUUUACCCGCAUAGGGAAACGAACGGUCCAGGGUAUGCUGCGUGAUGGGCGCAGCUCGCUUAUUCGCUACUGCUACAAUAACUUCGCCGAUGGCGUGCGCCAAGAUGAAAUUGACUUUUUUCUCAGCACAUUCCGUGAACCGGGCGGUCGUCCAAUCUUCCCCAUCGUGCCUCGUCAACGUUCGCGCGCCAUGACCAUUCUCAUCUGCCUGACGCUACCGAUCGUCGUCGGCAUCAUGCUCAUCAUCUUCUCCAAGGAGUACACCAGCGAUAUCGUGGUUAUCUUUCUGUGCUGUGUGGCACUGGUAGCGUUCAUCCUCUUUUAUAUUCGGAAAAACCCGCUUCAAUUCGUCGACUGGCCGCAGCUCGAUCGGUUGAAGCAGCUAUAAAACGGGAAGGGAAUGGGCAUUCGGAUUGGACAUCGACCAUUCGUUCCUUUUUUCUUUUGAAAUGUUCAUAUUGCUGUAUAAUUGAGCAUUCGAAGGUUAGUGUUAACUAGUGCUUCAGGCGCAACCACCGACCAGAUGACCAAUAUUAUUUUCAAAUUUCUAUUUGUUUCUUCAUUCAAUCGUUUUCAAUCGAAAUACUAUCCAGGUCAAGGCUUAGGGCUUAGGCAACAAUCGGGUACAUUUCGAUUGCUUAUUUUAGGAGACCCUUAGAUGCUCAUUAUAAUUGCGCUACUAUUAAAUCAUACGGUCUGCAGCGACAGCUACAGUCCAUCUAGCUGAUUUGUGGUGAUUUUUACAGACUACAAACUUUCGUUGUCGAAAAAAAAAACAAUUGAUAUAUUUCGCAAGCUUUCAGCGUUACCCACACACGUUCAGUGUAUGUUGUGCAAACAGCACAUGGAUGCGAUUAGUGUGCAAUGAUAUUGGGCAACUAGGGGUUACUUGAUAGUUAUAAAUUAGAACUGGUGGUAGUAGUACAAGGUGGUAGCCCAGAUCGCGGGAGUUAGAGAAAUAGCACCGGAAAUAGAUGGGCAGGUCGAUGGACGCAAGGACACUAUCAAUACCAGCGUUUCAUCAUUACGAACUUCCACAACUUUUCAGGCAUUUUCCUCUCGUUUAUAUUAUUAGCGGGAGGUUAGCAUAGGAAGGCUAGGAGAUGAAAAAAAUAACAGAAGAGCAAUUAUUGCCUUUGCCAAACAAGCGAAAAUCGUCGGUUAGUAGAAUAUCAAUAGUUCGCGGCGACGGUUCAUAUGUUCAUACAAGCAGUAAAUGCAUUCAAUAAAACGGUUCGAGUCACGCGCAUUCCGA